AUGGCUUCUAUGGAAAUGCACGCGUUUUCUCACGAUUCACUGUUGGAUAAUCAGCUUCCGGACCUGGUAGAGGAAAGAAUUGAUACUGCGUAUGGAAAAGUGAAAAUCUCAAUCUAUGGAAAUCGCGAUAAACAUCCUCUCAUUACAUUUCAUGAUCUUGCUCUUGACUCUGACAGCAACUUUCAAAAUUUCUUCCAAUUCGUAUCUAUUGCUGAGUUUACGGAGAAGUUUUGUAUCUACAACAUCAAUGCUCCAGGGCAAGAGGUAGAUGCUCAGACUCUGCCAGACACAUAUGUAUACCCGUCUAUGGAUGGUCUUGCAAAAAUUGUUGAAACUGUUGUUGAUUACUAUGAACUUCAAUCUGUUAUUGCUUUUGGCGUCGGAGUUGGAGCCAAUGUUCUUCUCAGAUAUGCGCUUUUGAAUCAACGACGCCUGGACGUAUUGAUCCUUGUGAACUGUAUGGUGUGGCAAAUACUGCUGGCUGGAUUGACCAAUGGGCAUACAAAAGAACAAAUGAACCUUCGUUACCUUCGUGGUUCUGGAAUGAACACCUUCACGGUUGACUAUCUCAUGUGGCACCAUUUUGGACGUCGCUUGGACGAGUGUAGUCCGGACAUUGUGCGUCAGUAUCGUGUCCGCUCUGCUAUCGCGAUAUCACGAGACGGUCAAAGUGGCCCUCAGCUGAAUGUGCCCGUACUGCAGAUUGUUGGUGCUGGAAGCCCAUUUGUGAACGAUACUGUGGAGGUGAACACGAAACUGGAUCCCGCCCAUUCGGAUUGGCGGGGGAUCAAGGUCUCGGACGCUUGUGGUCUUGUGUUGGACGACCGCCCAGAAGUUGGUGACAGAGAGCAUGAUGCUGUUCCUACAAGGACUUGGUUUCUUCCCAACCAUGAAUGUUGUGAAAUUGAUGAAGAAGAUCCAGGACACUCAAAAUGGUUCAUACUCGGCAACGUGCGGUCACGUGAAUGA